AUGUCGGAUGAGUGCGAUAGCGAGGAAGGAGAAAGUGCCGAAGACGAGUCGACUGAUGCUGGGAAUAGGGAACAAGCAGAUUCGGACUGGCAGAACGAAGAAAUUGCAUUGGAAAAGUAUAACAAGUGUUUGCUACUUUCUGAUAGUUAUCCAGGACAAUGUCAAGAGGAAACUUAUGAACCGAAAAAUUGCGGCGGCAAGAAAAGUGAACGUUUGGAAAUACGUAAACAUACGACGAAUGACCUACAACUACUCGUUAUUUCAACAGACAAAUAAAGAAUUUCUUGAAAAGAUGUUAAAAUCAAGUAGCUUUGAAUGAGCUGGAUGUUCCCUUGCAUCAACGUAAUAAUAUAAUUCAAUUAGUUAGUCUACUGCGCAAUCACUUGAGUGCGAUGGUUUUUGAACCAAUGAUAAAAUACGAUUGGUUUGCUAGUGCACUAACAAAAGACGAGCCAUCACCUUUAAAAGUGUUAUUGAUGUCUGUUUUCCACGCGCAAAUACAUAUGAAGAGUGUCAGGAACCGAACUGUGAUGAAUCGGUGUUUAUUAAGGCGCCCAUAAUAGUUCGCUAUCGGUCUUCAUUGUAUAAAUCUUUAUCUCCAACACUGCUCAUUUUGUCGAUCGAUUACAGUAGUCUGCGAGCUUAGACGUACUUUGUACAUACGAGCGCUCGACACCUGGGAGAAAUUCUGAAGUUUUCUAUACUUUGUUUCUAUGCAAAGAAUAACUUAAGGGAAAAACACAUCUCCCAGGAUGGGAAGAAUUGGUGUGUUUUAGAGUUGUCUGAAACGGGUUGUUUUUGAAAAUGUCGAUCUCAGAUGCAUGAACAUAGGCAGUAGUCGUAAUUCAAAUUUAUUUAACUUCAAAGUUUAAAAUUUUUAUUGUUUAAAAAGGCAUAACUAAUUAUCUGAGCACCAAAAAAUUCGUAUUCUGAUUUUUUCUGAUUUUCAUCUAUUGGAUCUGGGUUCCCUGAAUGUGUACUCAACAAUACUCAAAGUCGUCCCCACAGUGCCCAUUACUCACUCA